GGGAAGAGAGAAAAGAGAGAGAGGAAAAGAGAGAGGGCACUCGAUGAGGGAGCUAGGGAAAAUCAAACUGACAGAACAAAAAGACAGUGCGGUGAGAAGGAGAGAGAGAGAAAAGGGAGAGGAGGUGGAAAAUAUAUAGUUUAUAUAUACAAACGAAAGGGGAAAAGGUAUGUAAUGAGCACACAGCACAAGCUGUUAGACACAGGCCACUCUGAAGAGGGACAUACCUUGUUCAUUAGCCUGCCAUGGCGUCCGCAGCUCCUCAGAAGAGGAUGGUCUCCUCAGUCUUCAUCACCCUGGCGUCUCCUUACCGAGCCACCGUGACUCAGCAACAUCAUGCCCGCCAAACCCACGACGCCCUGGCCGGAGACAUCCAACACACGGCCGUGCAGGUUCACCCGGGGGGAAGUGACACGCUGACACGCAGGAAGGGGAGCGCUGGCACUGAGGCCCGGGGAGGGAGCGCCCAGAAACAGGUGGAGACUGCUACCCUUCCCAAGGUCAGACUGUCAGUCUCUCCUCGACCCUCAACACCCAGCCUCUCGGACCCUGGCUCUGUCCCUGUCGCUGAAGCUGGUCCGGGGGAUGCAGAACCCGGGAAGGACACGCCACGGACGACCUCUGAAGAGCUCUCUCCUUCACCUCCUCCUCCACCUGUGUUUGUGGACACAGACCAUUUGACGCAGGGAGCUCCACCCCUGCCCCCUCCACCCAUACUUGAGCCCUCGCUGACUGCCCCUCUCAACGGCAGGAUCCCUGUCCAAACACCCGCUCCAAACAAACAGGGAAGAACAGUGAAACCAGAUACAAGAUCACCGAGUAGUGUGGAGGAUCCUAACGAUAUCCUGGGGGCCCUGGAGGGUCCGCUGGAGCCAGGCAUGGAGAGCAGGGAGGUGUGCGGCUUCUGCCGGAAGCCUGUGGCUCUCAGUGACCCGGCAAUAGAUGCCCUGAACCGGACAUACCACGACAGCUGCUUCGAAUGCAGGCAGUGCCGUAUCCCCUUAGCUGGGAAACUGUACUACAACAAUGCGGGAAUCCCACUGUGUGAAGAUUGCUACCAGGCCAGUUUGGAGCUCUGUUGGGUGUGUGGCGAAGUCAUAAAAGACCACGUGAUUCGUGCUCUAGAGCGAGCCUACCAUCCGGCCUGUUUCACAUGUGCAACAUGCAGUCAACCCAUCGGAGAGCAGAGAUUUGCCCAGGGAGAGGUUGGCGAAGUCUACUGCCUUCAAGACUAUUACAGGAAAUAUGCUCCCGAGUGUAGUGCGUGCCAGCAGCUGAUCAUUCCCCGGGAAGACGGCACGGACAGUUACACGGUGGAGUGUCUGGGACGGUCCUUCCAUGAGGACUGCUAUCGCUGCGAGGUCUGCAUCACCCAGCUCUCCCCAGAGCCAAACGACCACGGCUGCUAUCCGCUGGACGGGAGAGUGCUCUGUAAAUCCUGUCACCUCACCCUGGUUCAGUCUGGUCCUCUCUAGGACUGGGGUGAUCCACACAACAUGACAGACAUGACAGACAUGCCUCUGGGACGGAGUCGACGAAAAGCUUAAGGAGCAACACCCGUGGGGCAGGAUUCCUGAGAACAAACGGAAAAAAUAACAGCCGUUGGCAUCAUUGACAACUGGACUUUGAAUGUGUCCUUUGUGACAACAUGCUUUUUAAACAUUUUUAUAUAUGAUUUUUUACAUUGGCAAAAGUUAACAGUGGCUUUUGUACUUUUGGAUUAAUUUGCACUCUUUGUUAACACUUUUGAAAUGCACCAAAGAUAUUUAUAUUCAACAACGUAAAUCAAUUGUUUUCUGGUAUGCAUUCCAUGAAGAUAAUGUAGUGCUGUAAGUUCUUUCCCCUUAUAUCCUUUCAUACAAAAAUCCACUAAUAUAUUAAAUUUGUCUUUUGAUACUUUAAAUUUGACAUUAAUGACCAUGGUGUAUGUAAUGCCAAUGUAAGCAUGCUGUGUGUAUGCUACAUAUGAUCUUCAAUAAAGAGAGGUCAUUUUGGCCAUAUUUUACAUGGCUAUAUUGUAGCUAA